GAAAUGCUUUGCGGACUAGACCAGUAUUGAACAUUCAUUAAUAGUUACUAUUCCAUACAAACUAGUACUUGAAAAAAGUUAAUUUCGAACCCGGCAUGAUAUACACGAAAGUUCAAGAAUGAAAUUGUAGUGACCAGCUGUGUAAAAUCUAAAAAUAAACAUUUUUGCAUUACAUGUAAUAAAACGAAAGUAGGACCAAUGAAUUGCACGAACUUCCAUGUCGUUUUGUCCCUGUAAUUAAUUAUAACUAAGAUUAUUACGUUGUCCAAGAAGGGAUCGACAUGUUUUCGGUCCAGUGUGUUUAUCUAUGGACAAGAUUACAAAAAAAAAAAAAAAUACAGCUUGAAGACUGUGUUUAGAUAUGCUCAUACAAGAUCUGGCCAUGGCAAGAGCGGAUUAAAUUUUUGACGAUGAAUCAGUUACGACGUAUAUCGGAGGCUGUUUAUGAAGGAAUGUGCUUCACCACCGGCACACCCAAUGAAGUUGCCAUCAGGCGGGAUGUGGAGGAGAUCCAUGACCUGGUCCUGGAACCUCUACAGAAAUGGCGACAGAUUCGAACAAUAAAGAGUGGAAGUUACAAGGAGGGAUUCCGAUUCAGAGGGUCAGAUAUCGACCAAAUGUUCUGGGUGACCACUCACCGUUUGAUAUGGAGUCUAGACGAGGCUCACGACUUCAACAGUUCUACUGAUACAUUUGUUCUUUUGGACUGGGAUUCUCAACGUCCAGGACUUGUUUUUUUGCAACUUCUCACUCCCACACAAGACAGUUAUGUUAGUAAAUCAAUAUUCAAGAUGGAUGACAACUUGUAUGUAUCUAGUUUGCUAUACAGAGAAAACACUUUACAAUGGGUCAGACCAAACACGACGGUUCAUGGACCGUGUGCAAAUGAAAAGGACGGUGAUGUGGAAUGGGACCGUGUUCAUUGCUUUGCUUGUAAACACUGGCCUCCCUUUGCCUUUCCUUUUAUAGAAAGAUGUCUAAGAAGUGGCUGGCCACGCCAAGAUUUCCUGAGCAAAGCUGUAGACACAGGAAUCCAGGUAGUACCGAUCGGACUGAAAGGAUCAGCGAUAGAAGACUACGAAUGGAGGCUCUCUUUUUGUACCGCAGAACAGACACUCGUUCGGGCUUUAAAUCACACCCAAUUCAUGUGCUUUGGCUUGUUGAAGUUGCUGAUUAAGGAAAUUGUAAGUUCUGUAGAUGAAAAUAACGAUCCACUGCUUUGUUCUUUUUUCGUGAAAACAGUUUUGUUUUGGACGAUUCAGUACAAAACAAGUUUGCGUUGGACACCGGCAGACUUGCUCGUGUGUUUCUGGAAUUGCAUGAAGUAUCUGUUACACUGUGUGUACCGCGGGUAUCUGCCGAAUUUCUUUCUACCAGAAAACAAUUUGUUCAUUACAAAGGUACGUGGUCGAUCGCAGCAAGAACUGUUCGACAAUCUGUAUAAAUUGUAUAGAAUGGGAUUCCCGUGCCUCUUUUACAGCAAAACGCUAAGAGCCUAUUUGGAGCGAGCAUUUUUCAAUUUAAAGUACAUUCCGAGCACAGAUGAGGAAGACUUUGUAUCGGAAGUAGAUGAGGACAAGGAGCUUUUUUACGAAAUUGGAACUCACGACGCAUUCAACACAUACUGUUCAGACAUUGAUGAGAGUAUAAUUCUAUUGAAUGGGAUCUGUAGUCUGGAUGUGUCAAUAUUAACACCAUAUCAGUAUGUUGCUCUAGAGAAAUUUGCAUCAUCGAUUCUCAGAUAUUUAGCAUAUCAUCUACAUGAUAUGAGUUUCUCCCACAACAAAGAAAGAUAUAUGAUAGAGAGGUUGUGUGAAAAGUUACUAAUACAAGUGGCGAAAUUGGGAUGGGUCUCUGACAUACUUUAUGUCCCGAUGUAUUUAUACACGAACGACAGAAGGAGGAAAGCGGCACAUUAUUUAGAAUUAGCCAAACUGAAUCUAUCGAAGUCCUAUGUUAUGUAUAGAAGUGAAUUCGACAGAGAAAGUUACUUGAUGGAAUUUUUUGGACAACCGCUCAGUGUUAAAAGAGGAAUGGCUGCUGCCAGAGAUACCAGAGUAGAAAGGGUUGUGAUGAGAGAGCUCGAGCUGGAAGAAAAGACAAGCCGACGAUUUUGUUUAUACGUACAUCCUAAAGUCAUGCUGAACAUGUUGCUUGUGUUGUGUCACCGUGACAAUCAAGUCAAGCAACAAGAAGCCCUUCACGAUUUGCUUGACUUCCUGUACGAUGAUGAAUCUCGUAUUCCUCCAGAACUGAAAGAAAUAUCUUGGGAAAUACUCGGCAUUUGUCAACAAAUUUGUGGUGACUAUUCCGAAGCAUUGAAGUCAUAUCGAAAGUCUCUCACCAGCGAAUUUUUAUUCCAUGACUUUGGGGAAGCGACGCGCUCUCGAAUAAAAGAGAUAAAGGAAGCCAUAAAGAAAUGACCAAAGGUGAUAUUGUUUACUAUGAAUAGACAUGGGUGAUAUCAUCCAUAGACAUCGGCGAUAUCAUUCAUGGACAUCGGCAAUAUCAUCCAUAGACAUCGGCGAUAUCAUCCAAAGACAUCGGCGAUAUCAUCCGUGGACAUGUACAUCAUAUUAAAUUUACAUGCAGGAGGACGAGAUUCAUUGACAUAAUGAAUCUCGUAUUUUGUUGUCAAAUACUGUUCUCCUAUCAUAUUCCAUAAUUGCCACAAAGAAAAUUCAGAAUUUCUUUUCAUGCUCCACUUUAUAUAUAUCUUACAUUUUAUCAAAACAGAGCUGAUAUAUUUUCCAACAUAUACAGGACUUAGGAGUACAAGGAAACAAUAUAUCUAAUCCCACUCUGCUUUCCUGUGUAUAACAGCUGUUUUUAUCGACUUGUGUACAAAAAUAAGUAAAAGGAGAACACUUCAUGUAGACUCCAAGAGAUAGUAUGUGCGUUAGAGACUUUUACCUCAAAAUAGAUAGGUCUUAGACUAGGGAUUCCCCUUUUUGUGAUGCAGAUUUUUCAGGUUAAAUUUCUCUGCUAAAUUUGAAACAGUAUUGUAUAUUUCGUGACCAACAAGUUUAAGGAAGUGACAACAUUAAAGAAGUCGAAAUAAACGCAAAGUCACCUGGUCUUUGAUUCCGUUAAAGAUGCUGCAGAGAAAAACAAGAAGACAAAACACACGUACAUUCAACAAGAAAGUCACAAAACAAUGUUUUCCAACACAGAAAGCAAUAUUGAAACUGAAAUUAAAUCCACGAAUCUGCAAAAAUUCAGUCAUCGAUUUGCAAACACGCUCAAAGCAAGACAAUAUCGUGUUUUCUGGGGUGUUGCUAAAACGCAGAACGGAAAUUUAAGAAAUAGAUAGAUAGAUUGAUUGAUUGUUUUUACGUCCCGUCGAGAAUUUUUCACUCAUACUGAGACGUUACCAGCUGUAGGUGAAGUACCACAAAUUUAGACAUAUGCUUAGCGCUCAUGGCCGUAGCAAUGAGAGUUCUUCAUCAUACCAGCGCCUACCGCGAUACGGGAUCUUCGUUUUUAUGGUCAUAUCCGAAAGACCCAUGAUUCUUAUUUCUGGUUAAGAAGCGAACGAAUAGAAUUAGCAUUUAGAUAACACCAAAAUUCGGACAAAUAUGCCAAAUAUACUAACAUUUGUGGGAAUAACUUCUUAAUCUGAAGGUUCAUCAAUUGUCACUACUAUACUGAUAUCUUGCAAAGUUUUAAACUAGAUAAAUCGCCGACAAACUCACCCGCUAUCAGACUUUCAUUCUGCAUAACUGCAUCUUCGGUAUCGAUCGCGUCCGAUUUAAUGAUCUCGCGUUUACAGGGGUUAGUAAUAACGAGAUAAAAAGUCGUAAUUUAAUAGACUUAGGAUGAAUUCCUAUAAUUUUCAAUGGAUGCGUUGAGAUGCAGCAACUAGGUACGGGGCGCCAAUUGGGACAUCAUCUUUUUGGAAUAAAAAUCAAUGUAGCAUACACAAAAUUGAAUUCUGUCACAACAAAAUCAUUUUUUCUUACAAUUUUUUUUAGACAUACUUGCUUUAUGAUAACUUCGUUUUUUGUAAUGACAAAAAUAAACUUUUUCAUACAAAAUUUUCUUUCAGUGGACAAAAAUCAUUUUUGUCUUGACAAAAGACAAAAUUCCUUUUUGUAGGCAACAUUAAUUUUUGGCCUGACUAAAAAAAUGAUUUCGAGACGCCGAAUAAGACUCUAGUGUUGAUGUCAUUUAAAAUCCAUUUUUGUGUGGACAAAUUUGUGUUUUGUUAUUGAAAAUGGAACACAAAAUUCAAUUUUAUAUUACUGUGAUAGUAUAAAUAUGAAUUUCUAUAUGUAUUUAUUCGUUUUGAUAUUUUUCAUUGAUCGUUUUGCUAAAUACAAUCUUAAAAUUCACUUUACUGUAAGUUCAAUUGCGCAUCUGGAUUGAGUUGGCUGAAUAAAGUUUUAUUCUGUUAUUUCAUUGGUUCUUUGAUUUCAUUGGUCAUUUCAUAUUUCUUUAUCCAAUAAUAGUAUUUCAGUAUAUGUAUAAAUCUACCACGCUUACCUAUGUAGUUAGAGCAGUAAUACGUUUUGAAGAGUUACAACCAACUGAUAUCUUCGCAUCUUAUGGUAUGUUAUUUCUAUAUUAAAGUAUGUUUCAUUUCCAUACGAAGAGCGAUAUACGUAAUUAUUUUGAUUGCAAGUUCUUUACUUUAUUGUAAUUUUGCUUUCAAAGUCGUAAUGAUUAUAUGCGUCUGUAAGAUCUUAAUCUAAAUUAUUUACAGAACACAUGUACAUAUUUUUGUAAAGUAUAGUAUGCUUCUAAAACGUUUACUGUGGGUACAAUUUACAAUUGUCAUCUUUCACUUAUAUUUUCUUUCUUGAUUUGUAAUAUUAUCUAUCUGUUAUUGUAGGUCAAUGCCUUUAUUUUCUACUGAAUAAAUUAAUGAAACCAA